GAUGUCAAACGUUGAUUUACAGCUUCCUGGAGUCGAACUGUAUCCAUAUUCAUCUCCUGUGUCAUUCCCAAUAGUCAAUGGUUACACACCUAUGCUUAUAAUUAUUGAAUACCAAAUAUAAAGUGCUGAAGUUCCCUUUAAUUAACUAGUGAACCGCUCACACAUAUUCUGUGCGUGCCUACAAAACCGGAAGCAGAGGUACUUGAUUCGACGAAGCGAAGAUUCGAUGAUUGAGUAGGUGUGGUAGCCGACGUGCCAUGGAGCCAAAAGAGAAGAACAAUGAUAUUGUUGAACCCACACAGUACAUGGUGAUGACCCUGGAGUCUGAUAUCCUCACCAAGCACAAGGCUAACACCACCUUCACUCCAGAGGAGACAGAGAGUUUGGAAGCCACAUCGGGCCUCAACUUUCAGUACGACAGCAGUCAGAGAUCAUCUUCAGAGGAUGAGGGAGAAAUAGAUGACUAUGUUGUUGUGAAAAAUGAGCCCCAGGAUCCAACUGAUAGCAACCGGGAAACCCCAUGUCUUCCUGCAGAGACUAGAACUGAAUCAGAGGAAAGUGAAGAUGAUGACGAUAAUGAUGAUGAUGUUGAGAAGGAUGAUGAUGGAGAAAUUCUUGACCCUGGGGAGAUCAAAACUGAGUCGGAUGAUUCCAUGGAAGAGGCCACUGCAGACCAGGAUGAUGAUGACUAUGAUGAUAAUGAUGAUGCUAAGGAUGAUGACAGCAGCAAUGAUGAUGACAUGACGCUACCGGUUGUGAUAAGGAGGUCCUCUGACACUAAUAAAGAUCAGGGAGAGCAGGAAGAUGACAAUGACAAGAGCAGAGAAGUCUCCAUGCGUCUUCCUGUUGAGGUCAAGAGAGAACGUGAGGAUACCGAUGAUGAACCAACAGGGGAGUCUUCCCACAAGUACAGACGUGUCACCCCAAACAUGGACAGUGUCAGAGGCAGAGGAUUUGUCCAGGAGAGGUUCUUUCACAAUGGACAGGAGUUUGAUCUAGAUGGUGUCCUUGACGACUAUGGCCCUCAAGCUAGAAAGCAUGGCGCCAAGAAGGAUGCAUCUGGCGGAAAGUCUGCUAAGGGUGGAAAGCGUGGCAGUACACAGCAUAGUUCAGCGGAGUCAGAGGAGGAAGAAGCUGAACCUUCAAAUCUCAGCAUCUUCAAGGAAGCACUAUUGAGAAAGAGAUAUUUUUCUUGGAUGUUUGAAGGAAAACAGCCUGAAAAAGACAAAGAAAAGGAUCUGAAUCCAAUCCUUCCCAACCAACCCAGGGAUUUUUCUGAGACGGAGGCAAGAAUCUUUGCAGAACAAAUCACAAAAUACAGAGAUGUAUUUCAAACCAUCAAGCGUAGCAGUCCAGCUCAUGAUGCCAAACUUAAGGAGGUGUGGACGAAAAUCACAGAGUGUGUCAAUGAGGGCAAUGAGGGACUUCAAAGGACAGUGGAAGAACUGCAGCAGAAAGCUCAAACAACAUUCAGCCAAAACUGUUUAGGAGCAGACGUACUGUCUGGUGAGGAAGCAACAGUGUUUGUGGAACAAAUCCUGAAAUAUAAGGAGUAUUUUGAAGACGUCAGAAAGAAUGACCCUACUCGUGAUAUUGAACUGACUGAGGUGUGGGUAGAGAUCACCAACUGCGUGAACAAGGUGAACAGGGGCCCUCGGAGAACUGUGGAUGAACUGAAGAACAGAUGGACUCUAGCUCUAGUGGAGAGGCACAUUCCAGAUCCCAGGACAAGACGUUCUUGUGAACAUCCUUUUAGGUGUAAACUUUGUGGCAAGAGUUACGUCCUGAAGAGUAGUUUACAGGCCCACGCCUGCAAGGUGCCCUGUCCUGAAGGGGCCGAUGUCACCCCUGAUGAUGACGACGAUGAGGAAGAGGAAGAUGAGGAUGAUGCAAACACUCCCCCAAGGGACUUUUCCGAAGCAGAGGCAGGUGCUUUUGCUGAUCAAAUCUUAAAAUAUAGAACCAUAUUUCAAAAUAUUAAGCGAAGUAGUCCAGUUCAUGAUGCGAAGCUUAAAGAAGUGUGGGGGAACAUUGCAGACUGUGUCAAUGCGGUCAGUGAAGGACCUCACUGGACAAUCGAUGAACUGCAGAAGAAAUGGGUCUCCACCUUAAUAACGAGGACAAGGUCUACAAAGCCCAGGUCUCAACGUAGGAUACACAAAACCGUUAUAAAUGCGCCAGUAUUUUCAGAGGAAGAAGCAAAAGUGUUUGAGGAACAAAUAGCCAAAUAUAAAGAGUUUUUUGAAGGAUUCAGGAAAAAUGAUCCCACACGCGAUGCACACCUUAGACAGGUGUGGUCGGAGAUCACAAAUCAGGUCAAUGAGGUCAACAAGGGACCUCCAAGAACAGUUGAUGAACUUCAGAGCAGAUGGACUCUAUCUUUAGUACAGAGGAACCUGCCCGACCCCAGCACAUACAGUGAAAAGUACCAACGCACAUAUAUCAACAGAGAAUGUUCAUGUCAAGAGUGCAAGCAGGUCUUCACGAAUCUAGCACAGCUGAGACAGCACAAGAAGCAGCAUUUCAAAGUCAAUUCAUCUGAGCCCUCGAUCAAGACCAAUAUUGAAUUGCUCAAAUGUAAUUACUGUACCAAGACAUUUCAAAGGCUUGACAAUCUGCAGCGACAUGAGAGAAUUCACACAGGUGAACAUCCCUUCAAGUGCAAGAUCUGUGGCAAGGGUUUUGUCCAGAAGAGUGGUUUGCAGGCCCAUAUGUGUAAACACACUGGAGCUAAGCCAGUCAAGUGUCAACUCUGCCCAAUGACAUUCGCUGUGGAUGAUCAUAGGCGCAAACAUGCAGAGAAAGUACACAAUGUUGUUGAUGAUGGCAGUCGUCCCAUCCUCAAGUGCGAAAUGUGCAGCUGUGUGUUCAAGAGAAAGGGUACCCUCAACGUUCACAUCAGAAGGGUUCACCCCAAUAGUGUGACAGCUGCACAAGGUGACACCCCCAGCCAGCCAGGUGAGCCAGCUCCGACAGCCAUGUCUCCACAACAGAUGAGCCAAAACCAGCCAGUAGCUACGAACAACUUGGCCGCCGCAGUCGAACCUGCUCUUCCCACAGAAGGGGGCCCUAGAGGAACCAAUGCUGCAGCCACGCCCCAGAUGACAACCGAGGACCCCCAGAGGAGCUCCACAACCCCCAGUGUUGCUGCCACCCCUACCCCAACCCCCAGCAUAUCAAACAAGACAGAUGCCUGUCCCUAUAAGUGUGAGAUCUGCAGCCAGGCUUUCCUACAGAAGAGCAGUCUACAGGCUCACAUUUUCACUCACACAGGAGAAGAGCCUCUCAGGUGCAGCUUCUGUCCAAUGACCUUUGUUGCGGAUGAACAUCGACAAUUACAUGUCAAGCAAAUGCACAAUGUUGUCAGUGAUGGUCGUCAGCCAAUGUUCUGGUGUGAAAUGUGCUACUGUGUUUUCAAGACAAAUGGCAGUCUUCUCUUUCACAUCAAGAAGUUUCAUCCUAACUAUUCUGUACAGAAUUAAGAUGUGAACUCUGAAGGAGAGACUCAUCAGAGGCAGUCGAGAGUGUUCGAAGGAAAGAUCUGAAAAAUCAGUUACAACAAAUACUCACAUAUAGCCAUUGAAAUAACCAACCUCAUGACUCGCAGGGUGUCCGUAUCUGCACAGUCAAAACCAUCAUCAUUGCUUGCAGGGUCUACCAAGCCACACAAUCUGGCAAUUAUCAUGACUUCCAAACAGUUUUGUUGUGAGUCAGGUAGAAAGUUUGGAAGUUGUGUGUAGCUAGUGAGUGCCACUUGAUAGGUUAUUUGUAUUUGUACAAGGACACUUCUUUCACCCGCUCUCAAACAGCUGUGACAUUCAAACCCUCAUAAAAGAGGGUUAUUUACACUUUGUUUUCAUCCAAUGUGCUGGACUCCUAUCAGGACUUAUCCUGUUGUUAGAGAAGUGGAUGAACAUGUAACUCGUCUUAUGCUGGGAGAGGGGACUGCUUCAUAGAAACAGCAAACCACCAUCCUCAAUCCCACCUUGUAACACCAGCUUCCUCCACCACCUGAGAAUACAUAGUGCCACUUGUGUAUCAGCCAUGGUAACUACUUUAGCCAGCCAAUCGAGGCAAGGAGAAGAGAAACCAACAGGUGCUGUGACAGUCAGCACCCAGUAUGUCGCCAAACUGAUAUUCUAGCUUGUUAUGCCCACAGUUGACUCAAUCAUGGAUUUGAAGUGUAUACAGAACAGUGACAGGCAAGACACAAGCACUGGGGCUAGUAGAAACCACCAGUUGUACAAUGAUAUAGUUAUAUGUGUAGUUGUGUAGUCAAGUUUGAUGAGUAAAAUAUCAAAUAUUAUUAGAGGCAGAACAAAGUCGUAGCACUUCAUCUUACACAACAUGUGACUUGUACCCUAUCCUAUUUCUGUGAAUAAAUUCAUGUUUAAGCCAAUCAAUCCA